AUGUCACAAAACGGCGGGUCAUCACUUUCUACGCUAAAUAUACCAUCAAUACGUCAUAUCCGGGCCCAUAAAAGUAGACCUGUCAAAAUAACGGAUACUGCCCAUGUGUCAAAGAAAACUAAUACAAGUCCUGCUAAUACCAAAUCAGAAGUUCGUAGUCAAACAUCGUCUCAUGAAAACCAAACGACCAAGUUGCAGUCUGUAGUCAAUUGUCCUAGGGCUACAGGUCCACAAAUAUUGUCGGAGCAGUUUGAAACAUUUCAUACCUCAAUGUCUGUUAAAUCAACCAAACAUCUUCAGGGUCUACGGGACUUAGAAAAGAUGCAGCUUCAGAUGCAACUAGAAGUUGCAACUAAUCAAAAUGAACAUAGUCAUACUUCUACUUCCUAUCCCAGUUCCUCUCAACGAGUACAUCAGAGUGUGUUUCCUGGUUUUGUCCCUGGUGGGACACAAAAACUAGCACAAAAUUCUGUGCAAAGGGUCGCUUCUGUUAAGGCCGUUUCCGAAAACAUCAACGGUGAUAAUCGUUUUGGUUUGUCUGGCUCUUGGCAGGUAGCCGUUCCUCCUUCAUCUGCAUUAGGUUCUCAACAAGAAAUUGAAAAGAUGCAUAUGAUGUAUCAGAAAGCCUGUCAACUCUAUCAGCGUGCUGUAGCUACUAUUGGGUCAACACCUAAUGUUAGCAUCCAACCCCCACCUUUCGGCACUCCUAUUGGUUCUCCUCCUUCAAUGUCUCUUCAAUCAUUUCCACCGACGGUGAUACCUGUUACUGCCGUCGAACGUCCAGCAUCUGUGUCUCCGUCCAAAUUCAUCCCGGCGUCUCAACUUCUUCAUGACGUUCUCAGAGAUGUACCUAAUCAAUGCAUUGGUCAAAAUCCUCAUAUACAGGCAAUUAUUCCUAACCACGCACAGUCAGUCAGUAUACAGACUGCUUAUUCGAUGGCAUAUUCUUCCGCUUAUCAAGAGACUUUAAAGUUUAUGUCUACUAAUACCGGGAGUAACUUAGCCCCUAAUACACAGGAAUAUACAUCUCAGUGGCAUCGCUAUUUUAAUCACUAUCUGAAUUAUUAUUUACAAGUUCAUAAUUAUACAUCUACGCUAUCUAGUGAACAACAACCAGUUUUCUUCCCUCCCACUGGAUUACCACCUCCCCCUAACAUUGCAUCCUCUUGUGCCAAUGAUCCGGUUCUUCAAUCCAAGCUAGAUUUUCAUAACCAUCAUGAUUCUAAGCGCCUAUGUAUAUCGUCUAAUGAGGGUCUUCAUGGUAUUUCUACUGUACUCCAUCCUGAACAUUCGAAUCGCUCUAAUUCCCCAUCUGAUACGAAAAAUGUAACAAACGAUGGAUCAAAAUGCGAUCUAUCCUCGUCAAAGUAUUUAUGGAUAAGCAAUCUCCCUCAAGGUGUUCGAGCAGUAGAUAUUAAAGAAAUGUGUGCACCAUACGGAAAAGUCCAAACAAUAAAAAUAGUAGGCAGUAAAAAGAGUAAACCCCCAUCUAUUUACGCUUAUCUCAUCAUGGAAACUUCGGAGGCCGCAGUCCGUCUUGUAAAAGCCUUACAAGGUGUGAAGUUCUCUGGAAAUGAAUUGAAGAUAAAACAAAUAAACCCAAUCCGUUUACCAUAA